CUGCGCAGGCGCGAGGGCGAGGCGCCGGAGCCGCGGCAAUGGCCUGCGUCAACCCGGUGCCUAAACUCUACAAAUCUGUAAUUGAAGAUGUAAUUGAAGGAGUUCGGAAUCUGUUUGCUGAAGAAGGUAUAGAGGAACAAGUCUUAAAAGACUUGAAACAGCUCUGGGAAGCAAAGAUUUUGCAGUCUAAAGCAACAGAAGACUUCUUCAGAAAUAGCAUCCACUCACCUCUGUUCACUCUUCAGUUGCCACACAGCUUGCACCAGACAUUGCAAUCAUCAACAGCAUCAUUAGUUAUUCCUGCUGGAAGAGCACUUCCCAGUUUUACCACAACAGAACUGGGUGCCUCAAAUUCCAGUGCAAACUUUGCUUUUCCUGGUUAUCCUAUUCAUGUACCAGCAGGUGUGACACUGCAGACCUCAUCUGGUCAUCUUUAUAAAGUCAAUGUACCAAUUAUGGUGACUCAGACGUCUGGAAGAGCGAAUGUUCUUCAGCAUCCAAUUCAACAAGUAUUUCAGCAGUUUGGGCAACCUUCAAUAAUACAGACCAGUAUUCCACGAUUGACCCCAUGUUCCCUUCAAGCAACUACUGAAAAAUCACAGAGAAUGGAGACUAUGUUCCAACAACCCACAAUUCUAUAUCCUGGGGCAGUGGAAAGGAAACACUUAGAAAAUGCCACCAGUGAUAUUCUUAUACCUCCUGGAAAUGAGCAUAAAAUCAUGUGUGAAGCUUUGUUGAGUCUACCCAAGAGCUCUCAGCUUAUUAGUCUUCCAGGUGUUGCAUUUCCUGCACAGGUUUCUCAACUAGACUGUAAUAUGGAGCCAGUGCUCAGUGUGCCAGCUGGGAUGACUCAAAAUCUGCAUGGUGGGCCCCUCUCCAUGGGCCCUCAGGGGGCUCCGCACCAGCACAUGUCUGAUGUCCAGCCUUAUGUUCUUAAAAAUAGGAUGUUUGGAUGUGAUUCUACAAAGCAGGCAAGAAAUAUUGAGGAGCCCAGUGGCCUGCCUGACUCCGAGAAGGAUUCUAAUUCUCAUAUGGAUUUAAGCAGUCAGGUAACUGAUGAUGAUAUUAAUGAAAUAAUUCAAAUAGAUGGAACUGGUGAUACAUCUUCCAAUGAUGAAAUAGGAAGUACAAGAAGUAUAAAUGAGAAUGAAUUUCUAGGCACUAUUGAUGCAGGAUCUCUGAAAGUACUUGAAGAAGAAGCUGAUAGUAUAUCAAAUGAAGAUUCAACUGUUAACAGUAGUGAUAAUGAAGAUCCUCAGAUAGACAUUGUGGAAGAGGACCCUUUAAAUUCUGGAGAUGAUGUUAGUGAGCAGGAUGUGCCAGACCUGUUUGACACAGAUAAUGUAAUUGUCUGUCAGUAUGACAAGGUACUAUAUUCAUCUUUGGACUUUGGGUUUAUUGAUUGCUUUUAUAGUGGAAAGGUAUGUAAAAUUAUGGGAAAUAUGAUAGUCACAGUUCAUAGUUAA